CCAAAUCAAAUACACAAAACAAGCAGGAAUUGCUCGUUAUUGGAGAAAAACGUUGUUUUGCUUCUAUUUUAUUACUUGCAGAUGUCGUAUUUGUAUUUUUGAAGACAUUUAUGUUUAAUUGAAUAAAUAAAUAUUUAGUUUGAGCGUGUUUGCAACCGUAAGCUACGCGAGAGUUUAGCUUUAACGCUCUGCUCUCUUUACCGCGUUAUUUGGUUUUUUUUUGUUAGUUUGUUUUGAAGUUUUUGGUGAAAACAAACUGAGUCGUGUGAGUUUCUUUCGUAGAAACUGUGAAUGUAAACUUCCUGGAUGAAUCCACGCUGACGGCCUCCACCGACCACGCAGCUCUGCUAGCUAACGUAGCUGCUAGCUAGCUAGCUAGCCAGCUUGACUUCACUUUUUUCCCCGUGUCUCUACUUUUUUGCUCCCUCUGAAUAUGUUUGGUUCAUCGAGAUCUGGAGGCAUCCGCGGAGGUCAAGACCAGUUCAACUGGGAUGACGUGAAAGUCGAUAAACACAGAGAAAAUUAUCUCGGAAACUCCUUGAUGGCUCCCGUCGGCCGAUGGCAGAAAGGCAAAGAUCUGACCUGGUAUGCAAAGGACAAGAAAGGUGGAGCACCUCUGUCCAAACAAGAGGAACUGGCUGCAGUCAGAGCAGCAGAGGAGGAGGCGCUGAUGGCUGCCCUAGGCCAUAAAAAUAUAAAGAGACAACCAACAGGACUUACUAAAGAGGAUCUUGUGGAGGUUUGUCGGAGAGACGAGGUUGAUGGUGAAGAGAAGAACGUGGAUCGUAUCUCAGGUUUGGGAAGCUCCAGUGUGGGGUCACGAAAAAUGGUGCUGUCCCAGAAAGAAAAGGAAGCGGCUAAAAUGGGCCUGCAAAUUUUUACA